UUUAAAAAUGUCAGUUUCGUUUCAGUUCAAAAAGAAUAUGGCCGUGUUGCGGCCAAGUGUGAAUGUAAAUAUGAAUGGUCACAAUAAUAUUCAUAGUCAGUUAACGAAAUCUUUAGAAAGGAUUCUUGAAGAUGCUUACUUAAGUGGUGAAUUAAAGUUGAGUGGGCGGAAGUUAAGAGAGUUUCCUAAACCAGUGAAAUUUGACUUGAGUGAUACAGUUGUGGCCGAUUUGUCUAAGAAUAGAUUUAGUGACGUGCCUGAUGAAGUGACGACGUAUGUGUAUUUAGAGAAGUUAUUGCUAUCACAAAAUGUAAUCAGAAGUGUACCGGAGACUGUUGGUGGACUUCAAUCACUAACAUAUCUUGAUCUCAGUUCAAAUCAAUUAACGGAGUUGCCGAGAGAAGUAUGUCAGAUGCCACUUCAAGUCCUUCUCGUGCCGGACAAUUUGCUGGCGACGCUGCCCAAGGAGAUCGGCAAGAUGACCUCUCUGGCGGAGCUGGAUGCCUCAAACAACAGGCUGACGCAGGUGCCGAUGACCCUCGGGGACUGCGCCGGCCUCCGGGCUCUCGACCUUAGCAAUAACCAGCUGGGUUUGCUGCCUUUACAGAUCACGUACUUAAGGCUGGAACACCUGGACGUGAGCUGUAACUGCAUAUCCUCGCUGCCGCUGGAACUGCGCAAUAUGAACACGCUCGUCACCCUCAACCUUGACAACAACCCGCUAGUCUCACCCCCCACCACUGUAUGUAUGCGCGGGCGCGUGCAUAUAUUCAAAUAUCUAGAAAACCUGUCGAACAAAGACUCAUUGCCGUCGCACAGGCGGAUCGAUGAGACGAGACGUUCGGCCAAACAUACUUCGUAUAUCAGCUCGCCGCAGACCGCGCAGAUCACAUCCGGCAAUGCUACCAUAGAUUGCUUGCGACACAAGCCACGGCACGUCAUCGACAAAUCUAGACCGUUUUCACCGGCAUUACCAUUCCCUUCGUCACAUUUACUCCGACCCUCUUUUAUAUUAACCCCCGGUGUUGUCCCUUUCAGCCUCCGUAUAUCACCCGAAGGGAACAUUUCAAACGGCGACGAUAAGAGUAAAUUAGCACAUCAGCAAACGUACAGACAAUACAAAGAAGCCCUAAGACAGCAACGCCAGCAAGACAUCUACCGGCCCCGCACAGAGCAACCCUCCCCCGAACUGGACUCCUCCCCGCACUCGCAGAGCCAGAGUCCCGUCCACUUCCAGCGAUCCUCCGCCCCGCAUUCCCCUGUCAACGGCUACAGUAACGUAUCCCCUAACCUGUACAACCGCUCUUUAUCCUCCAACUCCACAACAUCCUCAACACCAAACACUUCACAAGUACCAAACUCCCCAUUACUCCACUCGACUCCGCGGAGAUACCAAAAUCAGAACGGAAACAGCGAAAAAACAGAAGAAACCAACAAGAGACCAGUACAAAAAGUAGUCCCGUCUAGAAAUGUUAACAAAAUGUACACAUCUGUGAAUGGGAACGUGGACUACGCACGCGUCAACGGACAGACAGACACUUAUAUAAAACCAACAUCACCGACAAAAUCGCCCACGAAUACUUUAGGAUAUAAUAGUAUAGGCACAAAAUCUAAUAUACCGAGGCAGACUGGUGGGGGGGAGGGGGCCAGACUGCUCACGACGACUGUAUCGUACUUGAAAGGUGCGGCGCCCAAGCCGGCCUCUAAGAUGGCCUGGAAUAAGGACGCGCCGCUCGACAAGCUCAGCUUCACCAUGAAGAGGGAGUUUGACAAGCAGAAGGAGGAGAGCGAACUUCUCGACCAGCUGAGGACGAUAAUAGAGUCCCGUCUGAAGAUGUCUCUGCCGGAGCAGCUGCCGGCGGUGCUGGCGGACGGCGUGGUGCUGUGCCACCUCGCCAACCACGUGCGGCCGCGCGCCGUCGCCUCCGUGCACGUGCCCUCCCCUGCACAGCCUAAACUAACAAUGGCGCGGUGUAGAAGGAACGUCGACAAUUUCUUGGAGGCGUGUCGGAAGAUUGGAGUUGAAGAGGAGCUCAUCUGUUCGCCCGCAGACAUAUUGGGGGUGGGCAGUGCGGGGCUGGGGGUGCAGGGGGCGCGGGGGGUCAGUGUGCGCCCGCUCGCCUGCACCGUCGCCGCCCUCACACACGCCACACCGCACUCCGCAACUGAUAUACAAACCGACCCCCAAAACGCUAACGAUAUCGAAGAUACAGACCCCCAAACACCAGAUACUAUCGAAGUCCACCAAAGGAACAGAUAUGAAGAAGAUAGAUGCAUAAGUAAUUUUAACUUUAUAGACUACGCGAAUAAUACAAUAGAUGAAUCGGAAGAAUUCCAUUUGAAUUACGAAAAUAAUAAUGAAAAUAACCAUAAUGACGGAUACUCGCCCGUUUACGACGGUGUAAGGAAUAGAGGACCUUAUUACGUAAAUAAUAGGAUACAAUUUGUGACACCGUUUUGCAAAGGCAGUGGAGUACUCCAGAGUGAAAACUUGGAAAUUUACGACACGGAUGAAGUUGAUUUUCCAGUGGAAAUUAUCGAAAAUCAAGAAGGAAGGUAUGAUAGAGAUAAAUUAAAUCUAGAUUUGCAGAAUAAUAUAAACAGCGAAAUGAUGCCGUACGUAGAAACGGAGAAGGAAAGAGAACAUAGGAUAUUGGUCACUUGGUUAUGUCUCGGUACAUUCUUCGUGUCAGCCAUUCUACUUAUAAUAUUUCCAUUGUAAUUUUUGUAACGAAAUUAAGCUCCCACACUACUUGUAUUCAGUAAAGUUGUACUAUCAAGGAAUUUGACGGUGUACGAAUUUCGAAACAAUGACCAAAAGAACGCAGCUUUUAAAUUUGUACGAAAGAAACAGUGGUACAGCUAAGUGUUUGUUUUUUAUUAUUCCGUCACUUGCACAGCUCACAGCUGUCUAAUUGAUUUUUUUUUUUGUAAGAGACGGAGUUUGUCUUGUUGAGAGGAACAAGGCAAAUUUUCUGAUUUGGUAGCACUGCAAAGUGCCCUGAUUGUACUUUAUUACAAAAUUUUCAAUAUCUCGAUUUUUUUUUAUUAAGUUGUGUUGUUUAUUAAGUGUGGGAGCUUAUUUAUUGCAUUUGACUUAAUAAAGUGUUGCCUUACUCCAGUGAACUGUGAUUACGGUCUGAAAUGUAAUUUUGAGGCCGAUGUUAGUGUUUUACGAAUUGAAUUUUUUUGGAUGGAGACUGAGUUGAGGAAUUUGAUUUUAAACGGGAAGGGUAGACAACUAAUCAAUUUAAUUUAGUUAUAUGGGUUAUAUUUUCUUUUAUUAAUUUGGGUUGUUAUUAAUAUUGGUAUAGAUUUUUAAGCUAUGUGGUAACUUAAAAAUGAUUUUGAUUGGCUAUGAAAUGCGUUGUAUGAAAAGAUUUGUUUUUUCUUGUCCAAGGAUCUCAGGAUUGUUUUGUUUUUUGGGAAUUUUCUUUUAUAAGUUUAUUGUUUAUGUAAAUGUAUAUUAAGAUUUGUAAAUUAUUUAAAUGAUGUAAUUUUUUGAGUAGUACCUUUUGCAAUGUUUACUUCCAAUGUAGAAUGCUUUGCUUUUAAUAUUUAUUCACUGCCCGGAUCUUUUGAUCCUAACCUAAGACUGUAGGGUUUCCCUUUUUUAUAAUAAUUGAAAAAGUUACUAAGAAAAAAAAUGUUGGGUAGUUUAAAAAUACACGCACAUUACCUCACAAGGCCAUAGGAAAAUUCAAGAUUUUGGACUUUAAAAUCAAUGUUUGUAUCAUCGGUUUUUAAUCAUUAUUAUUAUUAAUAAUAAUAACAAUUAUUAUAUUAUUAAUAAUAAUGAUUUUCCUAUAGUAAUCUUUUCCAUGGCCCUUUUAUUAACUGAGUACAACUUUCUGAACUUUGGUGCGAAAUGUUCAAGAUAUAACUUAUAUAAUAUUGGGAUAUGUAGCUUAGCGAUUGUAGUUCUGUUUUCUUAUAUAAUAAGAAUAUGCCUUAAAUCAUAUCGUUAUUGUAUUAAUAAUGCAAAACAAAUUACAACAUUACAAAUAAACGCAGUAUAAAGUUAAACUUAGGAAUAAACU